ACUGCCAACGGGAGCCUCGAAGAUGGGGAACUAAGACUAUUCAUCAAAAAAGUGCAAUGCUUUACUGAUUUCACAGAAUACAGAUGUUAUAUGGAAGGAAUUUUAAACCCGACGUCGACACAAAAGAACCCCCCUGAGAUAAACGACACAGUAACAUGGUCCUACAGCGAUACAUGUACAUCUACUUCAAAACCGCAGACAACAACAACCAAGAACCCAGAGACCACCCAACGACCCGGAAAUGCUGUUACUUCAACGCCACAGCCAAGAACAACCAGGGCGUCAGGAAACAUUGGCAACGCUGAUAAAGACAAAAGAUCGUCCGGAACAACAUUGCACAUUUCUAUUACAGGAGUAGAAACAUCUCAAUAUACAGCUCUGCUUAAUGCGCUGUUCUGGAUUCCUGUGUGGAUUAUCGUCAAAUUAAAUACAGACAGCGCUUAAAAUUGAAUUUGACACAAUGAGACAUUGAAUAAAAGAAUCUUUCUUUCUAGAUAUCAGAGUGCCAUAUUACUGCAUGACAAUGUAUAUGAAUGUGAAUUGUGAUAAUGCAUUGUAAUUAACAACAUUGCUUGCAAAUUAUAUAGAAAAUUGAUAAACGGUCUUAAUGUUUGAAAUAUUUUAAAAGUAUAUAGCAAACGUAUAUCCUGUCAUUAUACAUUAUUACAUUAAACAAAUAUCAUAAAGAAUAAACUCUAAUAAUUAGGCACUGUAUGGGAUUUUCCCAAUUUUAUUUCAGAUCUAUAAAUAACACAUGUUAAUUGUAAGUGGGUUUUUUUCUCAUUGGGUUGGAAGUAUUAUACUGCUAGACGUCAAUGACAACUUUAUACAAAUAAAAGCCAUUUAUAUACUUCACAAUUUAACUAUAUUUUCUUCAUCGUUACAUUGUUUUAAAUACUGUUCAGAUCUAUCAUUAGAAUAAUUAUAUACUUUGACUCAUAAUGCAUCAACAAAUGAAAAAAAGAUAAACAUAGCCGCAACCAUUUACAAAUUUAAAAAAUAAUUUGGUCAGUUUCAUUUGAUUCAUAUUUUCAUUUUGUUUCUAAGAUGUGCAUUGCAUUAUCAUUGGUACAUUUAAAACCCAAGGGGUUUAUCAUCUUUUGGCAAGUAAAGCUCUGAGCCCUUUUUAUUUAGUUUUAUUUUUGUUUUUGGUGUUUGGUGGAUUUUCUGGUUUGCUUUUGGUUAUUGUUUCUUUUCAUGUUUUUUCCGUUGAUUUUUAUUAAUAAAAUAAUAUUAUAUAUUACUGUU